AUGCCGAAAACGGAGGGUGGUUUAGGUAUUCAGAACCUCUCCAUAUGGAAUGAAACAUGUGGCUUAAAGCAGAUAUGGAUGCUCUUCUUCCACAGUGGAUCAGUUUGGGUAGCCUGGAUUCGGAAGGCCUAUCUUUCUAGUGCAAGUUUCUGGUCCAUUAAUGAGAAGAGUCAGAGAUUCUCUUGGAUGUUUCAGAAGCUUCCAAGACUGAGGAAGAAAACUUUGCUAUUCCUAAGUAUUGAUAUUGGAAAUGGAGAGGAUUCUUUCUUCUGGUAUGACCCUUGGACACCAUUUGGCUCUCUCCUUAAAUUUGUAGGCCCGAAUGAACCUGCUCGGUUGGGAAUUCCUACAGAUGCUCUGGUCUCAGAUCACAUUUCAGCGAAUGGGUGGAUUCUUCCACCGUUGAGGCCAGAAGAGCAUCUGCAGCUGUACACAUUUAUCUCUCAAGUGAGUCCUUCUGAUUUUUCUGAUUGUGCUAUUUGGAAAAUUGAUGAGAAAAUUCAGAACAGGUUCAAGUCUAAAGAUGUUUGGGAGAGGAUCCAAGUCCCAAACCAAAGCAACCCGACUAUGGAAAAGAGGAUUAAUGUUUACCUGCAGUGCACUCUGCUCCUGCCUGUUGGAGUGAUGCUCUCCUUUGGAUUGGAAAUGUGA